GAAGUAGUGCAGUAGUUGAGGUCUUGAGGAGGAGACACCAAGACAAAAUGAAAUAAUGUUGUUUUGUCUCUCCUCGCACCAUUCUCUCCGGUUGGAAUCCAAAGCCCUAAAUCACUCGGGAUCAUCUUCGAUAUCCUACUAACAUCUACUACACACACUAUGAUUAUUGAUGCAUAUAUUCACAUAAAUAAUCUCUCUCUCUCUCUCUCUCUGAACCUCUCCACUCUUCAACCCUACCUUCUUCAUCUUGUUCAUCUAUUUACCCACAUUUCAUCUAUAAUGUAAUGCAGUAAUUAGACGAUUCACAACUGUGUCUUCCUUUUCCAUCCUUUAGUUAUAUGAUCUCUACAUACACAAUCUCAUUUCAUAUAUUGCAUAUUAGCAGAUGAAGUCCACUACUCGCCUCGAUUCAGCUGUGUUUCAGCUCACUCCUACCCGAACUAGGUUUGACUUGUAUAUUCUUGCCAAUGGGAAAAAGGAGAAACUGACUUCAGGUUUGUUGAAACCUUUUCUUCCCCAUCUAAAGACGGCUGAAGAACAGAUAGCAAAGGGAGGUUAUUCCAUUUUGCUUGAACCGCCAGAUGCAGAUAAUGCCACUUGGUUUACGAAAGGCACUCUGGAAAGGUUUGUUCGUUUUGUAAGCACUCCAGAGAUUUUGGAACGCGUAUACACCAUAGAAUGCGAGAUUGUACAGAUUGAAAAAGCAAUUGCCACACAAGGGAAUAAUGAUAUUGGGACAGAUAUUAUAGAAGAUGAUCAUGUGAAACCUGUGCCAGCUAUAGAAGGGAGCAGCUCUAAACUAGAUUCUAAUGAAGAGAAAGCAAUUGUCCUCUACACGCCUGGCUCACAAUUAACCGAGGCAAACGGGUCCACCAUCACCCAGGAGAAUAAUCCCAAAGUUGAGUUACUGAAAGUCCUGGACACUCGGAAAAAUGUGCUGCAAAAGGAACAAGGCAUGGCUUUUGCACGUGCCACAGCUGCGGGUUUUGAUAUGGAUCACAUGACACCACUUGUAUCUUUUGCUAAAUGCUUUGGGGCAUCACGAUUAUUGGAUGCAUGUUUAAGGUUUACGGAUUUGUGGAAAGGAAAGCAUGAAUCAGGGCAGUGGCUUGAAAUUGAAGGUGCUGAAACCAUCACUAGCAAAUCAGAAUUUUUGACAAUGCAUACUGCAGGCAUUAUGCUUUCCAGCAUAGCCAAUAAACAUGAACUGCAGCGAGAGUCUGCAUCUGAAAGUGAUGAUAAAGCAGGAACUGAUAAAAGUGCAGGUUUAAGGCCUCCAGCAAGUUACCAAGUUCCAUUAGGCCAGCAAGAAUAUUUUCCGGGCCAAUUUCCUCAUCCUAUGUUCACACCCUGGCCUAUGCAGUCUCCAUCUAGUGGCACACCAUUUUAUCCAGGGUAUCCCAUGCAAGGAACUCCCUACUAUCAGAACUAUGUAGGAAGUGGUCCAUAUCAGCAGCCAUUUCAUCAAGUAGUGGAGGAUUCACAAGUCAGCACUAUUCAGAAAGAAAAACUGAGAAGGCAGUCGUUGGAUAGUUCAGAUGGCAACAGCGGAUCAGAUACAACUGAAAUUGAUGCCUCUGGAAUCAAAUCACAGAAUGAUUUGCACAAAAGAAGUACAAAUAGUGAACUGCGAAAGAAAGCGGGUAGAUCAGGUAAAAAGCAAGGAGACGUGGUUGUAAUACGUAAUAUAAACUACAUUACUUCAAAACAGAAGAAAUCAACAGGAAGCCAGUCAAAUUCUGAUUCUGGGUCUGAGACUGAUGGUGAAGGCAGAGAUCUACUUUCUGAUGUUAAUAAUUCAUAUGACAAGGGAGAAUCUGUUACUGCUGAUGGUGGGCACUGGCAAGCAUUUCAAAGUUGUCUGCUAAGAGAUACAAAUGAAGAUAGUUUAGUUGCAAGUGAUGCUAUGUUUGCAAGUGAAAAGAAUGUUAAAAUGGGAAGAAAUCAAAAAACAGUGAAUGAUGAUCAAUUAGCUUUUACUAAACGAGAUUCAGUUGAAUCACAAGGUAGGUGGUCAACUAAAUUUGAUAAAGCUAGUGGAAAUGUGUCUCAUUUAACUAGAGCAUCAAAUGAUGAACUAUCUACUUCUAGAGUAGAAGAUCCGUAUAGGAAUGGUAGAUUGGCAACAGAAAACAUGCAGUUUUCAGAUAUGAAUGGACGCAAUAUCUUACGUACUACCGGAAAUGAUGAGUUUAUGGUUGCUGGACGCAGACACAACUCAGAACUAAGAAGUUCAUCAGAUUUGGCUGUAAAUAAGUAUGAGGUUGCCACUGAUAAUAUGGCUUAUAUGGCUGAUGAGUCCUUCAUUGUUCCGUUCAGGUCUAUGUCACUAGAUCAAGUUGGAUCAAAUGGCAGAGCCAAUUAUGAUAUGGAUUCUGAGAUCCCAUCCAAACAUGAAAGUUUAGUAAUGGAUGGGAACCAAUUAAAUUACGAGUCAGCUGAGUUCAGCUUGCUGCCAGAGCGGGGAUCAGAAAAGAGGUCCGUUGGUUAUGAUCCUGCUCUAGACUAUGAACUACACUUUGGAAAUGUUGCUUCAAUGGCUACAAAACAUGAAGAAACUGUAAUUGAUGCAAAAGAAGGGUCCAAGAACAUUGAGAAGAAGUCAAAGGUUGUUUCUGAAACUUUAGAUAAGAAGAAAUUUGGUGGUCCAGUGAGGAGGGGAAAACAAUCAAAAUUGAGUCCUUUAGAAGAGGCACGACUGCGUGCUGAGAAGUUAAGAACAUAUAAAGCCGACCUUCAGAAACUUAAGAAGGAGAAGGAGGAGGCAGAGCACAAACGUAUUGAAGCUCUUAAAAUGGAGAGGCAGAAGAGAAUUACAGCAAGAGGCAGUUUAACCGCUGCCCAGUCCUCAUUGCCCUCUAUGUCAACCAGAAAGUCAUUGCCAGCAAAGAGUUCUCCCAUUUCUCACAGAGGGUCUAAGUUCAGUGAUUCAGAACCCGGAUCAUCAUCUCCUCUGCAGAGGUCUAAGAUAAGAACUGCUUCUCUUGGAUCAGCUGAUUCCAAACUAGCUUCCAAGAUCUCCAAAUCAAUUGAUUUUAAUCACUUGGCGGGGAAUAGGUUAACUAGAUCAGUGUCAUCAUUAACAGAGGCAAAGAAUGAACCCAGUAGUGCUACUCCGGAUAAGGCUUCCAUGGCUCGAAUUAGAAAACUAUCAGAACCCAAGACAACUAGCGGUCAUCCUGCUACUUCAGUAAAAUCUGGUGUUGAAUCAGCAUCAAAACUGAAGGCGUCUAACGGGUCAGAGGGCAGAAAGAAGAAUGCUAUUGUCAAUCUUGAUCGCACUAAAGCUGCAACUCUUCCUGAAUUGAAGACCAAAGUAUCUAAAGGAACAUUAAAUGCCAAACAAAAGAAAUUAGUGGAAAAGGAUAAAACAUUGAAGAUCAAUGGGAGAAAAUCUUCAAUACCUUCUGGGAGCGGCGAACAACUUACCAGUGGUGGUAUAAUCCUUGACAAUACGGAUGACGAUCCGGUGAUUGAAAAAACUGUUGUAAUGCUUGAAUGUCAGAAGUCAUCUAUUCCAGCUGUAGACAAGUCAGAGGGAGUUUCAGGCCAAUACAAUGAUGUUAAUGACAGUCAAAUCACUAAUUUGGUGGUUCCAGAAAAUGCAAUUAUUCAUGCACUGCCUUCACCAGUGAAUACAGUUGAUCAAGAACCGUCUCUGGUCCGAUCACAAGAGAAGCCCGGAUUUUUGAAGGUGGCGACAAAUUCUGCGGCGAUGGAAUCUUCAACUUUUUCAAGCAUAGGUGUCUCCGAAGAGCCUUAUCAAGCCCCCUUUGCAAGGGCCUCAUCUUUAGAGGAUCCAUGCACUCGAAACUCAGAAUCUGGAAAGGUCCCAGCAAGCUCUUUGCUAUCAGCGAUUACUAAAACCACAGAAAAACCUUCAUCUCAUUUUGAAAACAUGAAAUUUGAGCCGAUUAAAGGUUCUGAGAAACCUCAAAUAAAGGAAUCAUCUAAGGGCUUCAGACGUUUCUUAAAAAUGGGAAAGAGAAAUCAUAGCUCAACUGCUGUAGAGCAAAACACCGAGAUAGAUGAUUCAAGUAUUAAUGAAGUUGAGCAGGGCAAAGUUGGAAAAGAUGCUGCUACUUCAAAUGAAGGGUUUACAUUGAAGAAUCUAAUCUUCCAAGAUGAGACACCAACUGCUUCCAGUACUUCACAAAAGUCUUCACGACACUUUUCUUUAUUGUCGCACUUCCGCAGCAAGACAAGUGAUAAGAAACUGAUAUCAUGAGUUCGAAGAUUUACAAGGUUAGGUUGCAAUAUUUUUGAUCUUCUAGCCCUUAUGGUAGGCAGCUGGGGUAUUGUCACUUCAAUUUGCAUUCAUGUCUAAAGCAGAAUGGUGACUAGAUUUGCUUUCAGUUCUGUAGCUGACUAAUUAGUUGAAAUCUCAAGAACAAAGUUUAAGCUAAGUGUCAUUAUUCUAUAGAUCUUCUGAACCAAUGAAAGAUGUUUUUGAGUU